AUGGAAUACAACAGAGAAGAGGCCUCAAGGGCUAGAAGAAUUGCUCUAAAUAAGCUGGCAAAUAAGGACUUUUUUGCGGAGGCAAAGAUCAAUGGAAACCUGGACUUGUAUGCUAUUCUCCAAGUGGAGGCAACAGAGGACAACACGGCCAUUAGAAAGCAGUAUAACAAACUUGCCUUUUGGCUUCAUCGUGAUGAAAAUACUCUUCCUGGUGCUGAAGCUGCAUUCAAAUUGGUUUCAGAAGCUCAUACAACUUUGUGUGACCAGACGAAGCGAUCUCUUUAUGACAUCAAAAUACGGUAUGCCUCCAGAGAAGUGAAGCGAUUUGUCUACUACCAAAGGAACUUUGUGGUUGGCUGUGAUGAUUGUGGCAAAAACUUCUUUGCAUUCAAGCUGCAUGAGCAGGCCGUGCCCUCGAGAUUCCUAUCAGCUGCACCUAAUAAUUCUCAAGUUCCACCAGAAAUGUUUUCAUGUCAACAACAUGGGGUUGUCCCUAAUCAGCAGGUCCAGUACACUAAGCUUAAAGCUACUGGAGGGGAAAUGGAUUCUAAACCGAUGGUGCAUGCUACACAUACUGAUGAACAUAUAAAAUGGGAUGGAGGGUCAGGUGGUUAUGGGGAAGGUAGUUCAGAGACAAGAAGCAAUGUAGUUCAGUUUUCAGCAGUGAACCAAACUCAUUCACCUUCACCUUCUGGAGACAAAGAUACAACUGGAAGUAUGGCAUCAGAUCCUCCAGAUCCAAAAUUUGUUGCCACUCAGAACUUGAGUAGAGAAGAUGCAUCUGCAGUUGUAGGUAAAAGAAAGCAAGAUGGUGCCGACUACAGCCAAAACAGGGAUUCCUGUAACAAUAAGAGGCAAAGGAAGUACAAUUCACUCUCUGAUGCUGAUUCGAGUGAUGAGAAAAUGUUUAAUGGUAAUGUUGCUGGCGCUGACAAUAAAUCCACUGAACACCUCCACAGGAAAUUGGGUAGCCAAGAGGAAGGAAAUGCAACACAUAAAGGCAAUCAGCAAGAGUACAAGAAUGAAACUACGGAUAUUGGUAAUCAGAUGUCUAGCAAUCCUAUUAUUACCUACGAGUGUCCAGACUUCUUUGAUUUUGGAAAACUCCGAGACCUCAACAAAAUUGCAGUUGAUCAAAUCUGGGCAAUUUAUGAUGACCAUGAUUUCAUGCCAAGAGUUUAUGCUCAGAUAAAUCACGUCGAUGCUUCCAGCCUUAAAGUUCAGUUAACUUGGCUGGUGCACAACGCAAUGACUGAACAAGAGGCCAAAUGGGCUCGUGAAGAAUAUCCUGUUGCUUGUGGAAACUUUUGCUUAGGAGAAAGAUAUGUGCUACAAGAUCCAUCCAUGUACUUUUCCCAUGCAGUUUCAUGGACAAAAGGGAAAAAUGGGAACUCAUUUGAUAUUCAUCCUAAAAAGGGUGAGCUAUGGGCUCUUCACAAAGAAUGGAGCAUGCCGUGGAGCUCUGAUGCAUAUAACCAUAGGAGCCCUUUAACGGUGGUCUAUACUACCUGUAGGCAAAAGGUAGUAUGA